ACUUUCACUUCAUUCUUCCUCAUAUAUAUUUUUCACUUGUUCUUGUCAUAUCAUCACAGGACCUACAUAUGUACUCCAAGCUUUCAUUGGUAUUUUCAACUUUUGUUACUUGAGUUUUUUUUCAGAAUUGUUGUUUCAGUUUCUUGAUUUGUUUCAGUUGGGUUGGUUUUCAAUUGUUAGUUAAUAUAUGGAAGCUAAUGGUACUGGAGAGGGAAUGUUUUCUGGUAUAAAUUCUGUGAUGUUAGGCCACCAACUGGCACCACAGCAUCACCAAUUACAUGAGAAUAUAGUUUCUUUUGGUCAGCCUCAAGUUGAUCAGCAGGCCAAAAAUCAGCAAUCAUCUUUAAGGCAAACGUUACAUUUGACAAUAAGUGAUGAUGAUGAUGAUGAUGAUGAGCCCGGACUUGAAAGUGCUGGGAAGAGCCAUGUUUCGCCUUGGCAGAGGAUGAAGUGGACUGAUACUAUGGUGAAGUUGUUGAUCAUGGUGGUUUUCUAUAUGGUAGAUGAACAAGCUGUUUCUGAAGGGAAUGAUGUGGCAGGGAAGAAGCAGGGGGUGAAUGGAAGUGGAGCUUUACAGAAGAAAGGCAAGUGGAAGUCAGUGUCCAAGGCUAUGAUGGAGAGAGGGUUUUUUGUGUCUCCCCAACAGUGUGAGGAUAAAUUUAAUGACUUGAAUAAGAGGUUCAAGAGGGUUAAUGAUAUACUUGGGAAGGGGACUUCUUGCAAGGUUGUGGAGGAUCAGAGUUUGCUCCAGAGGAUGGAUCAUUUGUCGCCUGAAAUCAAAGAGGAGGUCAAGAAAUUGCUGAAUUCUAAGCAUUUGUUUUUCAGGGAAAUGUGUGCUUAUCAUAGUGGUUGCGGUGGCAGUGCUCAGCAUUCGGCUGAGGUGGUAGGAGAGUCUUCCCAAAUCCACCGAAAGAAGAAGUGUUUACAUUCGUCUGAGAACUCCCCAAAUGUGCCUCAUUUGGGUAGAGUGGAGACAGAAGAUUCUAAAAUAAUAAAAAUAGGAAGUGAUGAGGAGGACGACGAUGAUGAUGAUGAUGAGGAGGACGAUGAAGAUGAUGAAGUAGAAGAUGGUGCAGGAGGUCAUGACAAGGAAUCUGAUCCUAGGACCUCACAUAAGAGAAGAAGAAAUGAAAUGUAUAGUUCACCUUCUGUUCAAGAAUUCAAUGAUGAAGUCAAUUACAUAGUACAAAAUGAGACGAAGAGUUCAGGGGAGAAAAGACAAUGGAUGAGGAUCCGGUUGAUGCAUUUGGAGGAGCAGCGAAUAAGGUAUCAGCGUGAAGCAUAUGAACUUGAGAAGAAAAAGAUGAAAUGGAUGAAAUUCAGCAGCAGGAAGGACCGGAAUAUGGAGGCAGAAAAGCUGGGAAAUGAAAAGAUGAGGCUUGAAAAUGAAAAGAUGGUUCUUGUUAUAAAGCAAACAGAGGUAGAGCACUUGAAUUUUCAGCAGCAAAGCAUAGCAUGUAACAGGAGGGAUGAUUCUCUUCAGUCACUAGAUAGUAGAUAGGCAGCAUAUAUAUUGUGUUCAUGUUAUUUUUGUUGUUCUGCAAAGUCUUAUGAACUAAUUGCAAGUCAUCACCAGUUCACCACUGCUAAGUAUGCUUGCAUGAAUUCUCUUA